UCCCGUGGCAUCUCUUCUAGCUGUAGGCUAAAUGUUUGGUGCAGACAGAUAAAUGGCACAGGGAAACGGAGAAUUCUGAAAGCUACCACUUCAUCUAUGUCCCCCUAUCCCUGAAAUCCACUUGUUCAUAUUCUCAGACUGUGUGUGGCACAUUCAAAAUAGACGGAACUGGCCUUAGCAGGUACCAUGCCGACUCAUCCUUUGAUGGAGUAUGUGGCAGGUGAGGAAGGCCUGGAUCAGGAAGGUGGGGAGCAGGAGCCUAUGAGUGACACCAGCGCCAGCAUGACCCUGCAUGCUGCUGUGCCAGAGAACCCAUCCCUGGGCUGCAUGUUUUGUGACCGCACGUUUCAGCACCAGGACGAGCUGAGCCCCCACGUGCUUGCGCAUCAUCCUGCCACGUUGUUUGAGCCAGCUGUGCUACGUGUGGAGGCCUGUUUCCGGACCCCCGGAGAACAGCAGGUGAAGGCACGGCCAGCCCCACCACGGCAGGAUACAGAGGGUGAGGAUGGGCUUAGUUGUGCUGUGUGUGGUGAGGCGGUCACAGAUGCCAGUGACCUGGAGGGCCACAUGCGCAAGCACCGGGACUCUUUCACAUACAGCUGCACCCUUUGCGCCAGGCGCUUCCGUGAGCCCUGGUUUCUCAAAAACCACAUGCGGACACAUGGGGGGAGGUCAGGGGCACGUUCCCGCGUGCAGCCUGACUCAGACAGCCCCGUUACAAUCAACGGUGUGCCGGUGGAUCAGUCGGCCAUGCCCGCUGUGUCGUCACCCUUCAGAAUGUGCAUGGUUUGUGGCUUCUUCUUCCCCAGCAAGGAGGCCUUGACGGAGCACAGCAAAGUUCACAGGCGGGAGCAGGACAGCUCUGCAAGCGAGAGUCUGUCUUCAGAAACCCAGCUCUCCUCUGGUAACCCGGCCUCUGACCAGGCAUCUUUUAUGGAGUCUCUUGGCCUGUGCCCCAGAUUGGAGCAGAGUGCGCAGGCUGGCCAGUCUGCCCGAUGGAUCAGCCAGCUGGACCCCAUCACCACCUACCAGGCAUGGCAACUAGCCACCAAGGGCAAGAUUGCAGUGGGCCCAAGUUUGACCAAGGAGCUGGGUCAUGAUACCACAGCUGCCUCAGAGAAUGAUGAGUCCAGUUCAGACAAGGAGGAGCUGGGCAAGAUCUGGUCUGCUGGUCGCGGAGGCAGGUCUGCCAAGAAUGACUUGAGGCGUGAAUUGAGGUCUAAGCGUACAGGGGGAGACACCCCGUCACCAGAGCCUGAACAGAAGCCCCUGGCUAAAGAGAAGCCCACUCAGUGUGGGGAUUGUGGAAAGACCUUCAGAACCUACCACCAGCUCGUGCUACACUCCCGAGUGCACAAGAAGGACAGAGGCGGAGCCGAGAGCCCCAGCACCUCCUCGGAGAGCAGACAGGGUGUCGACCGUGCAGAAGAGGGGUCCGAGGAUGGGUCUGAUGCCGGUCAUUCAGAUAAAAGCGAAGACAGUUCUGAUGCAGCGAAACUCAAAAUGCUUGCAACCUCAAGGGAAUGCAACUACUGUGGAAAAAGCUUCCGUUCAAAUUAUUACCUCAACAUUCACCUCAGGACGCAUACAGGUGAGAAACCCUACAAAUGUGAAUACUGUGACUACGCUGCAGCGCAGAAGACCUCCCUCCGGUACCACUUGGACAGACGUCACAAGGAAGUCCUUGAAUCCAGGCAAACUGCAAAGCUGGAUCCGUCACCUCCGCCUCCAUCCCCUGCUGAGACCAAAGAGAAUGCGUGUCACGCAUGGGCUGAAGUGAGAGAGAACAAGCAGGGUCUACAGCUGCCUAUGGUAUUGGUGGGAAAUGAUGCCCUCUGUAGGAAUAUGAAGGGUGAAGUGGCACUUGGUGAGGGAGGGGCUCAGGGUAUGAACCCACACCCAGUUUGCAGUGUGGCAAGUAAGACAUUGUCUGUGUCCCCUACUGUGAAUGUGGAGAAAAUGGAGGUGAAAGCAGAGCCUAAAGAGUUGCCCUUAAACCUGUCUCUCAAGGUGCCUCAUACUUUGGCAGAGACCUCAGUGCCAAGCAGUGCUUUAGUCACCAAUGCCUGUCCCCUGUGUGCCUAUAAAACCUACUAUCCAGAGGUCCUGCUUAUGCACAAGAAACUGGUCCACAAGGAGAAGCAGGAUGCCAAGAGGAUCGCCCCUAGGGGAUUGGCAGCCCUCAAGCAGAAGCGCCACACUGGCUGCCCCCCUGCUCUAGAGGGCCAAGAUGUUGCCCCUUUGCCAUUUGGCCGCUAUCCACGUCGAACUAAGUCCCCAUCUUCCUCUGACAGGCUGCCAGCCACCCAGGCAGUCAAACGCACCUCUCCUUCGGAGCCUCGGAGAGUAGCUCCACCCCCCAGUACCCGGCUAAAUGGCCUCGUGACCCAGUCGGGCAUUCCCAGGCAGCUGGAGCGCCAAGCAGAGUCCACCUCGCUCAGGAACAGUUACGAGCACUUCUCAGUGACUCAGUCGAGUCUGUCUGCCCGGUUUGGAGAACCUCCCGCCAAGAGGCCGAAGCACUCUGCCCCCAUAGCACAGGAGCUGAGGGCAGGCCGGGUGGCUGGGCUCAGGCGGGAGGAUGGCAGCAGCCAGUUGCUGAGCACUCGGCAGAGUGGCAGGGCCCUGCCCCAGAGGAGCCCCCCUAUCCAAAGAACUGCCCCUCAAAUCAGAGAGAUGGAGAGGAAUGUCAUCAGCGCAGCACAGCCAUACAGCCCCAGCACUCUGCCCUGUCUCUACCGCCCCCCAUUGGUCGGAUCUGGUCAUGUAGACUUAGCAGCCUCUGCAGCAGCAAACCGGCCCUUUCAGUAUCCAAAUUAUCUGAAUAUGCCCCAGAGGAGACACAGUCUCAGCCCUAGGAGCAACGCACGCCACGGACCCACUGAUAAGAACCUUUAAAAUAUCUGGUAUAUGAUUGUCUGAAGACUUUUCCCACCAAGCCGCUCUCAUUUGCGCUCCAGAAUUUGGCGGCUUAACCCACUGACAUAAGCUGUGAUCUCUACCCAUCUCUAACACUACUUCACAUAGUGUUGGCUCUGCUAAAGAACUACCUGUGUACAACCGUGAUCUUUCAGCAGAGGACUGAACCACACUGGACGCCAGGCAUGAAAUCGCACCAGGAAU